AUGCAAGGUGGAGACCUGAUCACCAGAAUCUCUCCUGAAGGAGUGGACCUUGUUUUGGAUUGCCUCUGUGGGGAUAACACUGGAAAAGGUCUCAGCCUUCUCAAACCACUGGGAACCUAUAUUUUAUAUGGUUCAUCCAACAUGGUGACUGGAGAGACCAAGAGCUUCUUUAGCUUUGCAAAAUCAUGGUGGCAGGUCGAGAAGGUGAACCCCAUCAAGCUCUACGAAGAGAACAAAGUCAUCGCGGGAUUUUCCCUUUUAAAUCUGCUCUUCAAACAGGGCCGUGCAGGCCUCAUUCGAGGAGUGGUGGACAAACUCAUUGGGCUCUACAACCACAAGAAGAUCAAGCCCGUGGUAGACUCCCUUUGGGCCCUGGAGGAGGUGAAGGAGGCCAUGCAGCGGAUCCACGACCGGGGGAACAUCGGCAAAUUAAUUCUGGAUGUAGAGAAGACCCCGACUCCACUGAUGGCCAACGAUAGCACAGAGACCAGCGAGGCGGGAGAAGAGGAGGAGGACCACGAGGGAGAUAGCGAGAACAAGGAGCGGAUGCCCUUUAUCCAGUAACCCAGGACCCAGGCAGGAGAAUGUGAAGGAUGGUUUGGAACAAGAGGAGCCGGUUGAGAAAGCUCUUCUGUACCCCAGUGAACAAAUGCUGUAGUCCACUGUGUGUUGUGUUUGUCUGCAGUCAGCUGAGCUAAAAGCUGUUGAUCACUGUUGUUUUUGAAAUUAAGUGCCAAGCCCAUUCCAUGCAGUAUUAUGUCCCUCCCUCAUCUGUGUAUCACAUUCUCCCCCCUCUCCUACUUCAAAACCAUCCAUCUUUGGGUCCUUCUUGACAGUUCUAGAACAGCCUUGCAAAUUAAUAUAAGCCCAGAGCCCAAAGCCUAUGAGACCAGACAAGGGCAAAGACAAGUUUGGGUUGAAAGAUGUUAUCAUAAAAGCACUGUCCAGAUCCUAGAAUUCUUCGGGCCAAUGACACUUUUUGCUGCCAGCCACCCAUGAUUCUGACAAGAGCUCUUGCCAGUGUGGCUGGCAGAAGGAGGGUAGGCCAGGAGGUGCUUUUAUGAGCCCAUACAUUUAGGAUUUCUCCAAAUAGUACUUUCCCUCUCCCCAUUUAAGAGGCACCUUCCUUACAUCCAUUUAGUUGUUUAUUGGUCAAAAGGUUGAACCACUCUCCGCUCAGCCUCUGAUGCUUGAUCCCUUCACUGGUUCUUAACCAUCAAUACAGGAUUUUUCAGGAUAGAAGAUGGGUCAACAGCAUGAGUUUGAGGAUCAGCCACAGAGAUUUCUCCUCUGAAACCAGGUCUCAUGAGCAAAAUCCCCCCACCCUGGCCGCCCACCAUAUAUAUUUUCGUUUAAUUUUAAGAAAACUCACCACAUGUGGGACUAUUUCAGAAGUCAUUACUGAGAUUUGCCUAUGUUUGCACGCUUGCCAUGGGCAUUACCGAUUUUGCUCUUUUCAUUUCCAGGUAGUGAGCAGCUACCUUUACCAAGGAUCCCCCAAGGAAGACCUCCCUGGUAGACCGUAUUAGGGAAAAAAAAUCAAUGAGUAUCUCUCUUCUUGCCAAAGCAUGUUCUGACAUGUAACAAACUCUAGCGAUACAAAUGGUUGAUGUUCAGUAUCUGAUGCCAAAUGUGCAGUUCCUCUCCUCUAAAAUACAAAAUUAUGGUGCAGACUCUUUGCAAGCCCCUGCUUUUUGGAAAUCAGGGACCAAACUACUUGAUUAUACACCACUGUCUAAUUUUCCAGCUCCUAAACUCUUAAGAAACCCCACACCCCGCCCACCAUACUUGCUAUGUCUUGAGGUGAACAGUUCCCCUGAAGGACGAGAGAGAGGCUCAGUGUCUCCACAAGGGGGCUCCUUAUUCCCUCCUCCCACUCCUUUUGGCUCAAAUGGUGAUUCCUUCACUCAAAAACAGAGCUGGAGACACAAGGAGCUCACAUGAUUAGCACCCCAAGUCACUUUGCCUUCUGGAACACCUUGGAGGGCUCCCUGAUUGCCCCAUCUCUCCACCAGUGAGCCUUAGGGUAGACCCAACUCUUUCCCCAAACGAUGGGAAGGAGUGCAUUCCAGCAAUUACCUUUUUAUUUCCAAAGUCCUUUUAUAAGAACAAUCACCUCAUUAAUCAUGUUCUUUUUUCCUGCACUAAGCUUGUGAUGGUGACUUAUUUAUGCCAAAUAUUUAUCUGAAGGGAGUUUCUCCUCAUUGUGAAUGUACAUGUAAAAUAUGGGGACAAGAAAGGGUGCUUCCAUCUGAUGAACAAAGAGAUGAGAGUAUCUCAGAAGAAGAUACUCACAUCAUCUUCUCUUCAUACCCCAGGACUCACCAAUAUUUCAUUUCUGGGCCAUUUAGAAAGAUAAUGUGGAGGUUUGUCACAGCCCCCCGCCCAACACUUUCACUAAAUGCUGUAUUCUUGGUCAUAUUUCUCCCAUAACCAAGCUGACAAUGAGGUUUUAAGAAGAACCACUACCCAAGUGACAUUCCUGGUGAGCUAGACAGAAAUGGCAUUUUCUAGGGCUGGGGUAACAAAGAGCCAUUGGCCAAAUCAGGGCUGUCCUCUGCGAGGGGAGUGGGAGCUCUAUGUGCAGAAUCCAAAUGGCCUUUGUUCUUGUCCAGAGGAGAGGCGUUAAAAAAAUCAUGCUUCCCCAAAUCUGUUUUUCAACUAGCAAAAUUAAUACAGUCAUCAUAUAUAAUGGCAGUUGGUUAAAGAAAACCCUUUUGUCACUCCAGAAUACAGGGUGAGAAGAGAAAACUAGAGUUUGACUAUCAUUAUGCCAUGAAGAACAGAAGAAAAGAAAAUGCCAAAAUUAGCCGUUUAAUGCACUCUCGUUUUAAGCACCUUCUUCCUGUCACGUGACUGGUUUUCUGAAAAAAGUAUAAGGAAAGUCUCAGUUUGCCUUAAAGGAACUGUGAAGGCUUCUCUGUCAUUUAAACUUGAUUGGAGUGAACUGAAACAUUGUCUAACGUAUUUGUGGCUUUAGAGCUUUUGUUACAUUGUGCCUACAAAGCAAAUUAUGUUUACAUAAAAUAUAUAAAUAAAGUAUUCAGCAUAGCAUAA